AUGCGCCUCGCCUUCCCCCUCGUUGCGGCUGUCAUUUCUUCCAUCAUACUUAUUGACGCAACAAACCCCGGGCCCCACCUUUUCGAGACAAAUGUCAGCGAGACCGACGUCGACACCUCGAGGUUGUUACGGAUUAACGACGACAAUUUCGACGAGAGAGCAGGGCCUUCCGUUUCUGGUGCUAAAAAGCUAAAAUCCUGGCUCACUUCGUCAAAGGUGACCCCAGUAAAGCUUAAAAAAUGGCUAAACAAAAGAAAAUCCGCAGAUUCAGUAUUCAGGCUCAUGGGCCUGGCAACGACUGGGUCCCAUCUGCUCUUUGACCGCAGGUUCAGCGCUUGGCUCCAGUACGUUGAGGAUUUGAGUAAGAUCUCCAACAAGAAACUAUCCGCAAUCUCGACCCUGACAUCGAAAUACAGCGAUGACGCGUUGUAUAAAUUGAUCGAAAAAGCGAAGCUGACACCGCAAACGGAGAGCCUUGCCACGAAACUUGAAGCAGAGCAUAUACAGCACUGGGUAGCGGUCCGAAAGGAUCCUGAUGAAGUUUUUCGUCUGUUCAAGCUGAAUAUGCAGCAACAGGACAUUUUCGAGCACCACCUAUUCCCUAGGUAG